ACCCAUAAACAAAUUAACCAUCAUCAAGAGCACAAACUCGAGCGCAGUUCAGUCGGUGCAGUCCAGCGAAGAUUCUAGCUCAGUUCCUGAAGUUUGUUCAAGUGUUUUGUUCUAACGUGACAUUCUAACCACGAGGAUAAUAUCCCUCAAAACGUGUUGUGUUCCAACAGUUUUAUUAACUUACCAGUUCUUUUCUCUACAUCCAUACAAAAUGAAGUUCUUCGUUGUUGUCGCCGCAAUCUUCUUGGCUGCCCUGGCCACGGCCGAGCCACCUGCCCCACGUAACGGCUUUACAUCGCCGUCGAGCAACUAUCUGCCGCCAAGCCAGUCGUUCAAUGGGAAUAACGGUUACAACUAUAACUCAAACGACAAUGGUUACAACUACCCCUCGGGGUCCAACGGCGGAAACUAUCCUGCCCCAUCCCAGCAGUACGGAGCACCCUCGGGCAACGGCGCCAACGGGGGAUACAACUACGAGGACGCUAACGCUCAGCCUGCCAAAUAUUCGUUCGAGUACAACGUGCAGGACUUUGCCUCCGGUAACGACUUCGGACACAUGGAGUCUCGUGAUGGAGACCGAACCGUUGGACGCUACUAUGUCCUCCUUCCCGACGGUCGCAAGCAAGUUGUAAACUACGAAGCCGACCAAAACGGAUACCGUCCAACCAUCACCUACGAAGAUGUUGGAACUGGAAACGGAGCUAAUGGCAACAACGGUGGAUACGGAGGCAACGGCCAGUUCAACGGUUACCAGUAAUCUUCCGGCUAUACAAACGACAACAACCCACUACAUGCUGUAGAUAUUCGCCCUGACUCAACCUAGGAACGGUUUGCUAUCCGAUGUAGUUAAACGAAAUUGUUAGAUAAUGAAUCACACUGUAAGUAUUGCACUGUAAGUCAUUUCAUGAAGCACGAACAAAAAAACGUUGUUAUAAGCAUCAGUCAAUAUAUAAUAGCAACUGAUAUGCGCCAGUAUUCCUCACAGUCAACAGAAGAACCCCACCACGAUCCGACCCAUGCAAUGUUUUGAAAGGAAUUAUCGAUCGUUAUCAAGCGUUAAUACAAGGUUAAGUGAGCAAUGUGAAACAAAACAUUAUAGAAAAAAAGUUCCAUCCACUGCGACUGGAGCAAACAAAAAAAAAAACACAAGCGAGAAAAAUAUGUAAAGAGUUGUACUAUAAAAUAUUAUACUAUUUCCGAGGAAAAGAGGAUAACGAUGAUGAAGGUACUGCCAUAACCACUAAAAAAAAAUGGAAAAUUCAACUGUACGCGUUCCAAUACUAUUACCACCAAUAACGUUAUUAGGGCAAACAGAUAGAAGCACAAAGGGGAAGACGGAAGGACAGAGUUGUCAUUGACGUCAGCCAGACUGUAGAUUUUUUCUUCACGCGAUUGUUAUCGGAUUGCCUCAAUAAUGUUGCACGUUGUAAAAUCUCGUAACCGUAAUUUGAAUUAGCUUAAGAUAAGUUCAUAAAGAGGAUGAAUGGUUUGUUAACUGAUCGUGACAAUAAAGUUUCAAAGAAGUCUCAUGAAUGAAUGUUCGAAAAGGAA